UACAUGGACAGUUCGUGGAAGAGUGUGCUGUGAUAGAUAAACUAUAAUACUUAUUAAGUUUCGUUACGGUCUAUCAGUAUUGCUUUUGGUGUUAUAGCAAACAACAUGUCUGUCAGGCUUGGAUUCGUUUUGUUUUUAGUUCACAGUGCACUUUGUGAAGAUCAACUGUUGAAACCAUGUCACUCACAAGACAUAGACUGCCUCAGACAGACCACACAAACCUUCCUCGACAAAUCCAGUUCUGGUAUUCCACAGUUCAACAUUGUUCCUAUUGACCCCAUGGCCAUAGCUUCAAUAGAAGUACAGGUGGCUCCAGAAAAGACAGUUGAUCUUAAAGAAAUUGCUGUUACUGGACUGAAAAACCUACGCAUCGAUAACUUCACGAUGGACCUCAGCACAAGGUCUGUAGCGUUAGCAAUGGAUGCUGAAGCAAAUGUACAGGGUCACAUUUCAGUAAACGAUAAGGAUUCAACACCUUUUUCUGGUAAAAUAGCUGGAUUGCAGACGGCACACUACACGUAUGAGUUGAUCAAGAAUGACAAAGGAGUCGAAUUCUUUAAAGUCGGUCCCGUGACCAUCGAUUGUAAUCUGAAACAAAAACCUGAACUGAAUGUGAGCGAAGUCGUAUCAAAGGCUUUAUUUAGUGGUAAUGACGAUUCAGAUGACGAGAUCAAAAAGAAACUGGCUUGCGAGACGUUUCAAAUUGCGUGUGGCAGAGUAAUAAGCAACUUGAGAACCAUCGCCACUCUCUAUCCGAAGAAUGCGUUUUUCACCAACCUUUGAGUUUGUUGUUUCCAAUAAACUAUAAUUUAUGCUAACAAACCCUUCUUGUAUUCAAAUUGAA